CUCUUGCUUGCUUCAAUCACCGGUCGCUUCCAACUUACUCUUCCCACGCCCUCUGUUUCAAAUCUCAGCACUCAGAGAAGAGUCCCUUUUUUUGGACCUUCUCUCCAGCACAGGCGAAUAGAGUCUUCUUCUCCACAAUCUCCACUCUUCUCAGGCAUCCAUUCGCCUGAAAAUCUCCGGAUCACGGGCUCCUUACUUGCUCUGACCUCGCAGGUCUAAGACCCAGCUUGAUGAACCUGUAAUGGGGCCUGGUCUUUGAGUGUUCGAAAUUUGUAGUCUGUACUAGUCCGGUUCUCGGAAGUUCUUUCGUUUCCGGGUUGUUUCUCGAGAAAAAAAUUGUCAUUCCAAGGACCUCUGAGCGCGUUACGCAUCUUUGGUCUCUUAGUGGUCUUACUGGGGUGUGUUCUUUUUGGGUUUUUGAACAUGUACAAGGCUGGCUUUCUCAAAUUGAACUGUUGCUGACAUGCUGUUUGCUUUCCGCGGAUGGGUCUCAGACUGCUGUUUAGUUCUGGACCUGCAUUGUAAAUCUGUAAUGUGGUGCCUGCAAUUAGGGUUUUCAGAGGCCUGAUCCAGUGAUUUGUUUCAUUCCCAUGAAAGUUUUGCGGUGAGAUGGAGUUCACUGAAUCUUUUAAGCAGACAGGGCCGUGUUGUUUCUCACCGAAUGCUAGAUUUAUAGCUGUUGCUGUCGAUUACCGCCUUGUAAUUCGUGAUGUUCUGUCGUUGAAGGUUGUGCAGUUGUUUUCAUGCUUGGAUAAGAUAAGCUAUAUUGAAUGGGCUGUUGAUUCUGAAUACAUACUUUGUGGUCUCUAUAAGAGACCAAUGAUACAAGCAUGGUCAUUGACCCAGCCUGAAUGGACAUGCAAAAUAGAUGAAGGCCCAGCUGGUAUUGCAUAUGCAAGGUGGAGCCCUGACAGUCGCCAUAUACUUACGACAUCAGAUUUUCAGUUGCGAUUAACAGUUUGGUCACUAGUCAACACAGCAUGUAUACAUGUGCAAUGGCCAAAGCAUGCAUCCAAGGGGGUUUCCUUUACUCGAGAUGGAAAAUAUGCUGCAAUUUGCACAAGACGAGAUUGCAAAGAUUAUGUCAAUCUGCUUUCUUGUCAUACAUGGGAGAUUAUGGGUGUUUAUGCCGUCGAUACGCUGGAUUUGGCUGAUAUUGAAUGGUCACCAGAUGAUAGUGCUGUAGUAAUAUGGGAUUCACCUCUUGAGUACAAGGUUCUGAUUUACUCUCCAGAUGGAAGGUGUCUAUUUAAGUAUCAAGCAUAUGAAAGUGGGCUGGGUGUGAAAAGUGUUUCAUGGUCUCCUUGUGGCCAGUUUCUGGCAGUAGGUAGUUAUGACCAAAUGUUACGAGUGUUGAAUCAUUUGACUUGGAGAACUUUUGCUGAAUUUAUGCACUUAUCUUCUGUUCGUGGUCCUUGUUGUGCAACAGUUUUUAAGGAGGUAGAUGAGCCAUUGCAACUUGACAUGUCUGAGUUAUAUUUGACUGAUGAUUUUAUGGAAGGGAAAUCUGAAAAUGCAGCGGAAGGGCACUUCAGAGUUAGAUACGAGGUCAUUGAAGUGCCCAUUAUCUUGCCUUUCCAGAAGCCUCCUCCAGACAAGCCAAACCCAAAACAAGGAGUUAGCCUUUUGUCAUGGAGCUACAAUAGCCAGUAUAUCUGCACUCGCAAUGAUAGCAUGCCAACCACUCUCUGGGUAUGGGACAUACGCCAUCUCGAGCUUGCGGCCAUUUUGGUACAUAAAGGCCCUAUCCGAGCGGCAGCUUGGGACCCAGCUUGUGCACGCCUUGUUUUGUGCACUGGAAGCUCUCAUUUGUACAUGUGGACUCCUUCAGGUGCUUACUGUGUGAGUGUCCCUUUGCCACAGUUCUCUGUAACUGAUCUGAAAUGGAAUGCAGAUGGUAGCUGCCUUCUCCUCAAGGACAAGGAGUCAUUCUGCUGCGCCACAAUGCCUGUGUUACCUGAAUCCAGUGAAUAUAGCUCUGACGAUUGAGUACUUUUCUUGUUUGUCGGUAGGCUCAUUGAUAGAUGUUGAUUGAUAAAUAGGUGUAUUUUUUUAUCAAUUGAGUAGAGAUUUCACUGCAUAGGUCGUUGUUAGUGUCUGUAUGCGAUGUCUUCUGUUAUAAACCCGGUGUAAGCUUUAGCAUGCAUGCCCUAAUUAAAUGGGCUUCAGAAAAUGCAGUUGCAUUUAGCCAAA